AAAGGGGAUUGGAAAUAGCUCCGGCUUUGCUGGGCCGCGUCGCCUAAAAAUAGCGCCCUGUGGGUAUCCGUCCGCCGGUGUCAGCCUCAGUUGGGGAGGCGGCAGCGGAGGAAGAGGAGGAAGAAGAAGAAGAGGAAGAAGAAAGGGGAGGAGGGGGCGGCGGCUGACGAGUUUCAAAAGCAACACGGUGAACGGGCUCUGACUUUAGUCCAGAGAGAACUGUCUACCAUGCGCUAGGACGCAGAGUUUGCGGAUUAUUUUACUUGAGUGCUUCUGAAUUAUAAAGAGGAAGACAGUGAAGAUGGGGAGGAAGAAAAUACAGAUCACGCGAAUAAUGGAUGAACGAAACAGACAGGUGACCUUUACGAAAAGGAAGUUUGGAUUAAUGAAGAAAGCCUACGAGCUGAGCGUGCUCUGUGACUGUGAAAUAGCACUCAUCAUUUUUAACAGUUCUAACAAACUCUUUCAGUACGCCAGCACGGAUAUGGACAAAGUUCUUCUCAAAUACACGGAGUACAACGAACCUCACGAGAGCAGAACCAACUCAGACAUUGUCGAGACGUUAAGAAAGAAAGGCCUUAAUGGUUGUGAGAGCCCCGAUGCUGACGAUUACUUUGAGCACAGUCCGCUGUCGGAGGACAGAUUCAGCAAACUAAAUGAAGAUAGUGAUUUUAUUUUCAAGCGAGGCCCUGCUCUGAACAAGAAGGAAAACAGAGGGUGCGACAGCCCGGACCCUGAUACUUCCUAUGUGCUCACGCCACAUACAGAAGAAAAAUAUAAAAAAAUUAAUGAAGAGUUUGAUAAUAUGAUGCGGAACCAUAAAAUCGCACCGGGGUUACCCCAACAGAACUUCUCAAUGUCCGUCACUGUUCCCGUGUCCAGCCCCAACACUCUAACCUACAGCAACCCCGGGAGUUCCCUUGUUUCGCCAGCGUUGGCUGCAAGUUCGACCUUGACAGACGCCACCAUGCUGAGUCCUCCUCAAGCCUCGUUGCAUCGAAACGUCUCUCCUGGAGGCCCCCAGAGGCCCCCAAGCACAGGGAGCGCAGGUGGCAUGCUAUCCACGGCAGACCUCUCGGUGCCAAAUGGAGCUGGUUCCAGUCCAGUGGGAAAUGGGUUUGUGAACUCGCGAGCUUCGCCGAGCCUUCUCGGCAGCACCGGCGGCGGGAACAAUCUCAGCAAAGUGAUGCCCACAAAAUCUCCCCCUCCCCCUGGUGGGGGCAGCCUCAACAUGAACAGCCGCAAGCCGGAUCUCCGCGUUGUCAUCCCUCCAUCCAGCAAAGGCAUGAUGCCUCCCUUGAACACGCAGCGAUUAAGCAGUUCACAGUCGUCACAGCCUCUUGCCACGCCGGUUGUGUCGGUGACGACACCAAGCUUGCCGCCACAGGGAUUGGUUUAUUCUGCCAUGCCAACAGCAUACAAUACAGAUUACUCCCUGACUAGCGCAGACCUGUCGGCUCUGCAGGGAUUUAACUCUCCAGGAAUGCUGUCAUUAGGGCAAGUAUCUGCCUGGCAACAGCAUCAUCUAGGGCAGGCGGCCCUCAGCUCUCUUGUGGCCGGUGGCCAGUUAUCUCAGGGUUCCAGUUUAUCCAUCAACACCAACCAAAACAUCAACAUCAAGUCCGAACCGAUUUCACCACCUCGAGACCGCAUGACCCCGUCCACGUUCCCCCAGCAGCAGCCGCCCCCGCAACAGGCGCAGCCGCAACAGGCGCGGCAGGAAAUGGGCCGCUCUCCCAUUGACAGUCUCAGCAGCUCCAGCAGUUCGUACGACGGCAGUGAUCGGGAGGACCCAAGGAGCGAUUUCCAUUCCCCCAGCGGCCUGGGGAGACCCCCCAACUCAGAAGACAGAGAGAGCCCAACGGUGAAGCGCAUGAGACUGGAUGCGUGGGUGACAUAAACUGCCCUGUUCUCCGCUCCAUUUCCAGCUUUUGAGUUCUCCCGACGAACAGCCCUGACAUAUCUAAAUGUAUAAAUAAGGACAUGAAAGGAAUAUUUAUAUGUAUAUACAUACAUACAUAUAUACAUAUAUAUCUUUGUAUGCAGAUAUAUGUGUGAGUGUGUGUAGCAAGACACAAAACUCAGCAGGCACUUAAUAACAAACUCCACAUGUAGCUGCAGAGGGCCUGUGAUUCAAUAAGAAAAAAAUAUAUAUAUACAAGAAAAGAUAUAUAUAUAUUUAAAAAGAGAAGAAUCCUCAAAGGUAUUGGGCUAAUCUGGCUGUUACCUGGGACUCAUUCCUUGAGAAUAAUGUAUCCUGUUUGCAAAAGAAACGUUGCACCCGUAUAUAAUCCUACCAAAUUAGAGGGCGGAGCCGCGGGGGCUCGCCUACCGUAGUUGUUCCCGUGUGUUGUUUCCAGACGCCGUACGGUUCUCUAGUCCACUUUGUAGCAGCAGAGCAGUAGGAAAAGAAAGCAAUAGUGUACAUAGAAUGAACUUUAUAUUACCCAAUCUAGCAUGGGUCUCUCUCGCAGGGAGUGCAUGGAGAAGGGCUGGCAUUAGUUGAAAUUAACCACACCCGUUUUUUGCACGUGCGGAAGAAAAAAGAAACUGAGGUCAACCAUGAUUUAAAAAGAAAAAACACAAAUGAAGAAAGACAAAAAGAUCUCGCAUGAAAUAUUCAGAAGAUAUUAGCCUAGGAGAUAAACCAUAAAAGAGAAAGUUUUAAUAUAUUAAGUUAUAAUUGGAAUAUGUUAAAAAAGGUUCCUUUUUUAUGUUCCUCCUUGCCUUUUUUAAAAAGAAAUGUAGAAAACCAGUUUUAGCCUCUGUCUAUUUUUUAUUAACGGAAACCAUACCCUCCUUGAAGACUAUAUAGAAAAUUAUAUACCGUACUUUUUGAACACAUUCUGCUAUGAAUUAUUUAUAUAAGCCAAAGCUGUAUGGGGGGGCGGGGGGUUAGCCUUUUUUGUAGAGUAUAGUUCUGAUUUUUUUUUAAAACUCUGCUUGUUUUCGGGAGAGGAAGGAAAAAAAAUACUUGCAGGCAGAAUCUGGGGGGAAAUUAAGCCAUGAAUACUUAUUAUUCUAUAUGUAAAUUAAAAGUUGAGCCAAACUUUGUGUACAUAGCAUCUUAAAUAUAUUAUCACCUUUUGGUGUAAGUACCUAUCUAUGUAUUGUACGUUCACCAGAUUUUAAAAGUAUAUUUUUGUGGAUUGACGCCAACUUGAAAAAAAGAAAAGAAAAAGAAAAGGCGAGGUCCUUAUUAAGUAGAGUAUUCACUGUUUAAUAUUUGCUAUUUUGUUCAAUAUACUGUACUUCCUUUGGAUUUUAAGUAAUAUCUGGAUUUUUUGCCGAGGGUGUUUUAAAAAGGGGUUGUCCCCCCCUCCCCCUCACUGGUGGUGAAUGUGUGCUGUUAAAACUGUAAUCUUUUUUGUGCUGUAUGGUAAAGCUUCAUUAUACAUUUUAUAAAUAUAUAUAUACAUAUAUGUGUAUAUAUACAUAUAUAAAUAUAUGUAUAUAGAUAGCAAAGUGAUAACUCCACCCCAUGUCGACACAUACGCAAAUCUGGAAAAAGGCAUUGUAAUAUGUUCUUUCAAGAUGUUAUAUUAAAGCUGCCUCGGGGGGUGGGGGGGGGCGGCAAAAACAAUCCUGUUGCUCACGUUGAAGUAAGGGGAAUAUGCAUCAGAGAAACAAUUUAUUUUUUCUGAAGUGGUGCGGAAGUUUCAAGACAAAUCAUACUCAAUAAAUGUUUCGAUUUUUAGCACAAUAAUCUGCCCCCCCCCCCCCCAAUGGCAGUGGUGCAUUGGGUAGGGCUGAUCCUUUAACCCGUAUUGUUUGAACACUAUGCUUGUGGAGGCCACAAAACUGAGGACUCCGUAAGCACGUAUCCACAUAUGUUUUAAGCAGCAUUGUUCUAAUAAGUUGGUCUGUUAACAUUUUUAAUACAUGCAACAGGGGCAUUUGUCAAAGUAAUAAUACCUGAAUCAACCCAGAUGCUCCAUUCCGUCUUGCAAGUGUUUGGCAAAUUAGUAACACAGAACUGUCAAAGUCUGUGUGGGAAACUGGAUAGAACCCAUCCAAGGAGUGGGAAAUAGUCAAGUUCAGAAUGGCAGGUAUUAAGCACUUGCCCGCGUAAACUCAGCGUUUCCUUUUGUGUAGUAUGUAAUGUAAAAUCUUUAGCCCUGUUCACGUUUUAGUCAGUGCAUGUACAACUCCUGCCUCUAAGUGCAGGUGCAUAUGUUUGUGAGAAAGAGCCAACGAGUUCCCUUUACAAACGAAACCGGGACCAGUACUUGGAUAGAUGUCGGUUUUAAGUCACGUGUUGAGCUGUACGUGCCUUGAAUGUAAUUUGAGAUUUGAUGCACGCAGAAAGAAAUAUCCCAUGUACAUGGAUUGUGUUCGUGUUCACUGCAAUUUGGAAUAGAACUUGUGAUUUCCAGGAAUAUGGUGAUUUAUUCAUGAGGGCCACCAAGCUCAGGCUUCCCCUUUGUGGGACCAGGAAUUUGACUCUGCUGUCUUUAUAAGAAGGGUUUAGAUUUCCCCCAGAAUUAAAUAUCAGCUGUGUUUUCCCAUUCCAGAUCCUGUGAUUCUGGAAACUAUGAGGUGGGGAUUGUUACUACUUAAAAACUGGGUUUAAAGAGGACCUAACUUUUUUAUCCUUGCAGAAUCUCUAGCUCUUAAAACGGAAACUUCUUUGGAAACGUUACAGUGGUGUGUAAACUCGUGGGGAGAUCUGGAAGUUUGGGUGGAGGAGGAUGGGAUCUUUUCUGCCUGAUUUUUUCCUUCAUUGUGUGACUUUAUUUUUAAAUUGAAUUAAAUACCCAGCCAUCUUUUAACGAAGAGGGUAUUCCCAGUUUUACUUAGUUGGCAUUCCCUUCCCACCUUAUGUAAAAACUGUAUAACAUGGUGGGUUUUUCCUAUUUGAUAGUUGCCUUUGAUUUAAAAAAAAAACCAUACAUGCGUAAGUCCCCUGGAUGCAUUUUUUCCAUUACGAUUCCUGAAUGGAUCAAGGAACUGAGAUCGGGGGCCUCUGCGUCCCUCUUGCUGAUGCAGAGCAGCAGAACAUCCGAAAGUCAACCUCUCCUCCACUUCCUCAAACAGCCCCCCCUCCCGAAAACCAAAUCACCACUUCAUGGAUCCAUCUGAUGCUCCAAAACGAGAUUGUUUCUCUGUUGCUCUGUAUGCACCCCACGUGAGCUGUACAUUCGAAUGGGAGUUCUUCAUUUUCACAUUUACUGUCUCAUUUCUUGUGUGCCUUAACAAGAUGGCUUUGUUGACUGUAUCUUAAUAAGUCUUUAUUCCUAUGCAGGUUUGUAAGAAGUUCCAUCUCCCUUGAAAAACAAACAGAACAUUUAACCUGAUGGCUUGUGCUCCCCCCCCCCCCAAUGUUUGACUCAAGCCAGCUAAGUGUUCACGAGUUCAGUCCUCAGAUUGUUGAAGCUCAGCCCGUCUCCUCGGUCUGAGAUCCGGCUCUGUCUUCGGUUGCUUCUGCCGUAGCAGUCAUUGCAUCAUGAAUGAAACACAGAUUU